CCACUGCAAAACAAGACAGCCCGCAAUCCAAGCUACGGAGCAGCUCCUCUCUGAAAAGCACAAGAUGGUGGCACUCGACCUUGUUCACGCUUCCAAUGCCCAGCUUCGUCAGUUGGGUCCUGGUUUGGUAGCUCUUUUCGUUGGUGCCACGUCGGGCAUUGGGGAAUACACAGCUAAAGCCUUCAUCGAGAAUGCUCUCUCCCCACGAGUCUAUAUCGUAGGCCGCAGCGAAUCGGCCGCAGAGCGCAUCAUCAACGAAUGCAAGGACCUCAACAAGGAUGGGAAAAUCGAGUUUCUAAAAGCAGACGUGUCGGAGCUCGGGGAGGUCGACCGAGUAUGCGCAGAGAUUACCAAGAAGGAGUCGCACAUCAAUCUCAUAGUACAGAGCCAGGGGAACAUGUCAUUACGAGGUCGCGAUGAAUCCCACGAAGGCAUCGACCGCAAGUUCACGCUCAGUUACUACUCCCGAAUGCGCUUCAUCUCGAACCUCCUCCCCCUCCUCCAAUCCGCCGCUACUCAGCCGCCUCAUUUCUCGCGGACACUAAGUGUAUUCAACGCAGGAUUUGAAGGCAAGCUCAAUUUCAAAGACUUGGAGCUCAAGAACACAUUCUCUGCAGCGAGGUGCGCGACACAUACUACGACGAUGAACAGUCUCAUGACCGAGGAAUUCUCGAAGCGCCAGCCUGCGACGACGUUCGCACACUCGUGGCCGGCGACGGUUGUUACUACCGGCCUCGCGAGAGAACUACCUGCUUGGGCUCGUGUGGCUAUGAAUGUUCUCUCUCCGCUGUUGUCGCUGUCGAACCUUGCUGUCAGUAAUGAGGAGACGGGUGCGAGGCAGCUGUAUAUUGCUACCAGUGGCGUCUACCCACCCGCAAAGCCUUCCGAGAACUCUCCGCUGGCAUCUGGUGUUCCUGCUCCUAAAGGCCUGCAUGCGCCUAUGUUAGGUGCCAAUGUGGUCGCGGGCAGCGGGGCGUAUCUCGUCAAUUGGAACGAUGAACCAACGGGCAAACAGAAGUUGCUACAGGAGUACCGUGAGAAAAAUGUCGGAGCGACGAUUUGGGAGCAUACGAUGGGUAUAUUUGAGAGGGUUGCAGAAAUAAAUCAGGGUCAAUAGUAUGUACCAGUUACGGCAUGAGUGAGCUUUGGGGUGUUUUUCGAGUGUCCCUCUCCAACCACCAAACGCAUCCCCAUCCUUAUCAACAGGAUGCCUCAAAUCAUGAAUCAAUCAAUUCAACCGGAAUCCAACCGAAAAUCCGGUUGUCCGCGUGUUUCAAGUUAAGAUACUGAAUUGAUCGGUCGCAUCCGACCAAGCGGUCUUGCGCUUCCUCGGGUAGGAUAUAGGAUGCCGGAACACCAGCUGCUGUGAUGCAUCUUCACGUGCUGGCGGUGCUACGUUAGGUUUCAAGCGAAGAGCUCUAGAUGGAACGUUUCAAUCGAAUUGGCGAUUCCGUUUUAUAUCCACCUUCUCAAAGCGAACGAUCCUUGUCGCCGCGUGUUCCACCCUUAGUUAGGAACCCCUCUCGUUGUAACCCUAG